AAUACCUGCGCUCGUAUUUCCAGUAUAUGGUCGAUAUGGAGGGACAGGUAGAUGUGAGACAGGAUCAGAGCCCGCGGUAUAACUUCCGGGCGAUUCGCUGGAACCCCAAUAGAGCCCUAUUUCUGGACCGUCUCUAUAGGUCGGCCCCACUGUCGAUGCAAUGCAAUCAAUCAUCCGGUGAACGCUUUCCGGGUUAUUGGAAUGGCAUACCUGUCCCGGAGAUCCAUUUCCCGAUCAAAGAGGUUAAAAGAAAUUGUAGUAAAGUUUAAUGUAUUUUCGC